AUGUCGCAAGCCCUUCUUAUAAGGAAGAUGGGAGUGCAGCCAAAACUUGACGACAUAGAGGCAAUGGAGCAGGAUCCCCCUCCUCUGUCUGAUAUUAAGACAGGUUAUACUCCCACAACCACAGCCACAGCAAUUGAUAUCGCCCAUGACUUCUCCCACUAUGAGAAUCUCGAUACGCCAACUCCGAUCAAGUCAGCCGACCUUAUGGCCUAUACUAGAUUCGAUCCCUGCACUUCUUCCUCAACAGUCCCAAUGAAUCCUGAGACAAUGGCAGAUACUCAGAUGGUUACACAAAGACCGGAGGGGUUCGAUGUUUCUCAAACAUUGCCUCAACAACAGAUGCGCGAGUCCUAUUCACCGAUUGACACGCAUCGCAUUCAGUGCUACCCACAGCAGACUGCAAGCCAGAUUCCCUUUGCGCGAGCCUCCUAUCCUCAAGCGAUUGAUUACAUGGAACUUGGAUCUUCUAAUCCUUAUUAUUUUCAAUGCUCAUUUUCACUUCCUUCUAUUGGAGUUUCAAGCACUAAUCCUCAACUCAUUUCACAGACAGAUAAUCCCCUUCUUCCUGCAAAUAUUCCCACUUCUACUCCUGUUUAUACCCCUUUGCAGCCAAUGCGACUGGGAACACACACAAGCUUUGACCAGUCUUCAUCGUCCUGUGAGCGAAUAGAAGUUCUUGUCAAUCGUCGUAGUGUAAGUGUACCACAGACGCUUUCCUGCUGCGACGUCUCACCAUUCAUCAAUAGCAGCAGCGCGCAUCCUACAGCUGCUGCGACAGACCAGGUCUUGAAUCCAGGUUACUCCUUCAUUAAACAAGAAUCUUUCGAAAUGCCUGGUGAAGUACGUCGCUCUAGCUGCUCUAGUCUCACCAUUCGCCCUCGUCGGAGCCUCCCCACACCCUCAACGUCAAUUACAUCAAAGGAAAAGCAGUUUGUCUGCAAUGCAGAGGGCUGUGAAAAGCGCUUUGCCCGAGUAGAUGAACUGAAGAGGCAUCAGAGGACGCAUAGUGACAUUCGACCGUACACAUGCAACAUAUGCGACAAGGGCUUCACGCGUAGUGACCACUUGAUUACACACAGACGGACACACACGGGAGAGAAGCCCUAUCCCUGUCAGUACUGCGAGCGCUGCUUUGCACGCUCUGAUGAGCGUUCGCGCCACGUAAAAACUCACACGAAUCCGCGACCCAGCACAAGUACGCGCGGACGCAGACCCAGCACCAAAUACCAACUUCGCAAACCUCUGACACCUCAACAGUCCCAGCAGCCUGCACACCCUUCCGGGUUGCAGAGUCAAGCAACAUUUCAGCAGAUGGAGUUGAGCGGUGCUAGCAGUGAUACCAGCUAUAGCCAAAGCGAAUCAUAUAAUGUGUACCAACAACAGCCUCCGCCACCUCCACCUCCUCCUCCGCAGUGA